UCUGACAACAGCUCGCGACACGCACUCAACAACUGCCCCUUUAAAAACACACGGCGUCUGGAAGCGAGUGCUGUAUACAAGAGGCAGGUGUUGAAGAAGAAAAAAAAACUUGUCCCAGACGAAAGUAGCGCGAGCAUUGUUUAGGGUUGCUGGAGUCAUCGAAGGGGUUGGCGAUUACCGAGUUGUGGAUGAGGAUGAAGAGAGGCAGGUGAGCAAGGAAGUCGAGAAGGUCGAGGGAGCGCAGAUUGCGAAGUUCUCGUCUUACCGACGCCUCGUGCUCUGGCCUGAUGCCCCCUGCCUUGAGCUCCACUAGGAGUUGCUCUGCCUCAAUGCAGCCCUCUGGUGCCACAGCACCCCCUGUCUGGGCCUCCAGCAAGAACAGGAACAACUGCUGUAGAACAAGCAUGCAUUCUCAGUCAUUCUAAUCUGUGCCUUUGAAGAACUGCAUAAAAUGGCAAAUAAUAUCGUCGAUGCUCAAGCGGAACUGGACUCGGUGGAGGCAGAGUUGGAGGUGGUGGAACUGCAGAUCUCUGAGCUGCUGGAGAAACAGACAAAGCUGAACUCCAGGAAAAACAAACUCCUGAAGAUCCUGGAGGGAGCCUGCAGCUCAGCCCAGCCCUCCGGAUCCAGCAAAGCUCCCAAACCGUCAUUCAGCAAACAGGACCUGCAGCACUAUGAGGAGUCAGAUUUCUCAUGGUCUAAAGAAGUUCAGGCGAAGCUGUGUAGCGUGUUCCAGCUUUCCAAAUUUCGUCCCCUGCAACAGACGGCCAUCAACCUUAGCAUGUCAGGGAAGGACCUUUUCCUGGUAAUGCCCACUGGAAGAGGAAAAAGCCUGUGUUACCAACUUCCAGCUCUCUGCUCUAAGGGUUUUACGUUAGUUAUCGCCCCGCUGGUGUCUUUGAUGGAGGAUCAGCUGAUGUAUCUGAAGUCCAUUAAUGUCUCAGCGGUGACCCUCAAUGCCUCCAGUACAAAGGAGGACUCUAAGCAGAUCCUGGCAGGGAUGAUAGAUAAAAACAGCCCCUUCAAGUUGCUCUAUGUAACCCCAGAGAAAAUUGCCAAGAGCAAACUACUGAUGUCCAAACUUGAAAAGGCCUACAACAUGGGUCUGCUGGCACGCAUCGCUGUGGAUGAAGUUCACUGCUGCAGUCAGUGGGGGCAUGACUUCAGACCAGAUUACAAGCUCCUGGGUAUCCUAAAGCGCCAGUUUCCCAAUGUCCCAUUGGUUGGACUGACUGCCACCGCAACCAGCAAUGUUCUUAAAGAUUGCCAGAAGAUACUAUGUGUUCAGGAACCCAUCACUCUGACAGCACCGUUCAACAGACCAAACCUUUACUAUGAGGUUCGUUUCAAAGAUAACGAAGACUGUACGGACCAAAUUGCAUCAUUGAUCAGGGGAAGAUACAAAAACCAGUCAGGGAUUGUGUACGUGUUCUCCCAGAAGGAUGCAGAAGUUGUGGCUACAGACCUGCAGAAGAGGGAUAUUCUUGCUCAGCCAUACCAUGCCAACAUGGAGCCUUCAGAUAAGUCUCUGGUGCAUCAACGGUGGUCCUCCAAGAAGAUUCAGGUGGUCGUUGCCACUGUGGCUUUUGGAAUGGGCAUCGACAAGGCUGAUGUGCGAUUUGUUAUCCAUCACACCAUCAGCAAAUCUAUUGAAAAUUAUUAUCAGGAGAGUGGACGUGCAGGAAGGGAUGACGGCCCAGCAGAUUGUAUUGUGUUCUUUGGGUUUAUGGACAUCUUCAGAAUAAGCACAAUGGUUGUGAUGGAGAACACCGGGCAGCAGAAGCUACAGAAUAUGGUGGCAUAUUGUCAAAAUGUGGACAGGUGUCGUCGUGCUAUGAUGGCCAUUCAUUUUGACGAAGUUUGGAAUGAUGAAGAGUGCAACCAAAUGUGCGAUGUCUGUCGGCAUGGCAACGACUAUAUAACAAUGGACAUCACCCAGCAUGCUCGAGAUGUUGUUGAGAUAGUAGAAAUGGCUGCCUCUAUGGAUGAAAAACUGACCCCCCUGAAAGUCUGCGAGGCUUGGAUGGGGAAAGGGCCCGCUAAGCGGCGCAAAAUGAUAAAGGUCACGUCCUUGUCACGCUUGGAGGUGGAGUCCAUUAUCAUCCACCUUUUGUUGCACGGCUACUUCAGUGAGGACUUUAGCUUCACUCCCUACACAACCUACUUCUACUUGAAGUUGGGCCGUAAGGCAUCUCUCUUGAAGAAUAGCGGUCACUCAAUCACUAUGAAGAUGAGAAGGAGAGUGGCGUCACAAGCUACUGAUGGUCAAGCAGUUGAUACACAAGAGGAAGCAGAGACAGCAUUGAUUGAUGUCUCCAACAUUGAGAGACAUAACAAAACUAAAAUUUAUAAGAAUCACCAAAACAUAGAGAAGAGACUCGCUCAAAACCACAUUGAAAGUCUUGCUUCAGAAGCAAGCGAGUAUGUAAAGCCAACCUCCGUAUUUGAGGUUGAUGUCGAGGUCAACCUCGUACAAGAACAGAAUUGUGCUUGUGAAGAAGAAAAGGGUCUUACAAAUGCCCCCGAACAGCAAUCAUCUUCACCGAAAAGGAGGCGAAAACAACCGCCAACUCAGAACUGUGCUGCUAAUGCUAACCAAGUGAAAGCAGAUCUGGUUAGCACCCCUUCUGAGGUGUCUAUCAUCUCUGCAGCUGCUGUAGAGGAGCUACACCAUCUGCGCAGUUACUAUAGCAAACAGUUAAGAAGAAUCAACUACAUUUCCCAAGAGCACUUGCAAAGCUCCCAGCCUGGGAUGCUGACGUGUAUGACGGAGCCCUUCAAAAGCCUCCGUUUCCCUUCAAGGACGACCAUAGCCAGAGGUGCCAGGAAUUUAUGGACUCGUGUUAGUAUGAGGAGAAAGCUCAUACAGUGAAUUAUGUUUCCUUUCUGAUUUCUGUUUUGUAAACCUGACCUGCAUUUUUCAAUAGUUUGAAGAUGUAAAUAAUGUUUUUGUUAAAUAAACUUAAUUGGAUGAUUCUGUAA